AUGGAAAGGCUGGCCACAAAAGACCGACUAGUGAAAUGGGGAAUAACAGAUUCAGCUAUGUGCCCUUUAUGUGAUACCAUGGAUGAGAGCCAUAAUCAUUUAUUUUUUGAGUGCUCCUACUCAAUGAGAGUAUGGACCAAACUCCUGAAAUGGCAAAGCAUAACUAGGACUGUAAGACGAUGGCAAGAAGAGAAAUUGUGGGCAACUAGCAACGCAUCUGGUAGAAGUGUGCAGGCAGAGAUCUAUAGGAUGUGUCUAGCUGGGGCUGUUUACCAUAUAUGGCUCGAAAGAAAUGCUCGGGUGUUCUCACAAGGACAGAAGGAAGACAAGGAUUUGGUCAAAAAGAUUAUCCAGGAAGUCUUUGUGCGUGCAACCAUGAAUAGGAAGAUUGCUGCCAAGCUAGCCCAAAUGAAUUACUACCCUUGA